AAUAGUCGCUGUUAUAAUGGUAUUAAUAUUAUAUGAAUUAUAAUAUUUACAUUUCCCACACGAGACUUGUUUGAAUGCAUCAAUGAGGCGAUAUUACAAUGGAAUUAUAUAGUUGACAGAUGGGUCUUUCAGUUGUAUAUUUUUUUUUAUCAAUUGCUUAGCAAGAUAUUAGAAAAAAAUGUUUGGCAUACGCGCUUUUCUAAUUGAAAUUACUCGGUGAGUGAGAAAUUGUUUGAUCGACAAAAGCAAUGACACCAGAGACAUUCUGUAUCGUAUUUGUAUUGAUGGUACAUGAAUGUUUUGGAGUUUGCUAUUUUACCAAUAACCAAACACCUGUCAAGUAUAACUUUGUUGUAGGUAUUUUGAGUCCGUCGACUGGAUUGAGUCCGUUACAAGAAUUUGUUGAGAAGAAUAUCCAGAGUAACGAUACAGACGUGAUAAACUGUUACGGUUCAAUCACUAUUGUAAACGUUAACGUCCGAGAUAAUCUGACCAUACAGGAGAAUGGAUGGACUAACAUAAAAGAUGGACUUAACACAACUUUAAAACUUCAAGCUAAUGAUAAAGCUGAGACUGGUGUCAGUGUGGUCAUUGGACCGUAUUAUACAAAUCUAGCCAUGAUACUGGAACAAGAGAACAUACCAUACGUCAUCACCCAAGACAAAGGAUUUAAUUACGUUGAUGAGACCCGGAUUGAAGAUCAUGUCGCGUGGUCCAACCUCGUGGAGGUAUCACCUCCAGCUGAACAACUUAAUCAAGCAAUAGUGGAUCUUUUCCUUGCUUGGAAGAAUAAAACUGCAGUUGUAGUUUUACCAGAUGAUCCUAAAAUAAAUGACGUUUGCCAGGACUUAAUACGUCGAAUGAUAGCCAAUCAGAUUUCACCAAUAUCUUAUGCUCUCCAAAUGAAUUCCGAGGAAGAUAUUCGAAACCAAACAGUAGAGGUGUUACGAAAUGCCCAGUUACUGCGACAAGAAAUAUUUCUUAUCUGUAGUCCCAGGGAUGACCAACAUAAACUAAUAGAGAGUGUUUUAAUUGAGGCAAAGUCAUUUGGAAACAUUAUGGAGAAUGAAAAGAACAUAUUCAUUUUCCAUGAUUCGUCUUUUUUCCUUGAACCAUUUGAUGAAGGACCCAUGUAUCGACAAGGAUUAUUCGAAGCGAAUUGUCAGCUUCUAGCAUAUCGUAAUAAAGAGAUCCGACCCGGAAGUAAAUACCUGACAAGUACAUAUGAAGCCACCGCUACUGAUACUGCACAUUUGAUACAAAAAUCUCAGAAACUUUACAUAGAGAAGACGAGUGGAACUGAUGAACAUGUAGAUGUAUUUAACAGAUCAAAAUUGAUAGAUGCACUGCGUGAGUCGACAUUACCAAAUGGUAAAACGGGUUCAGUAAAAUUUGACUCUGAAGGGAAACGGAUUGAUUACGUGUUUCACUUGUACAACCAUGGUGGCACUUCAUUGUUUAAAAAGAUUGGUGAAUGGAGACCAAAAGGUAAUACUACACAUGACAGACUGGUUCUUAUACCUUUUAAUGACACUCUGGAAAAAGACACACGUGGUAUUUUCCCAGACAUUGUUAAAGUUGUAUUUGUUAUGGAGGAACCGUUUAUUAUGAACAAACCAGGUAAUGUUGGAUAUGAGGGUUUUACAAUAGACCUGUUAGAGGAAUUAUCUAAGUUACUCUCAUUCAAAUACGAACUUUAUCCCAGUCCAAACAAUGCUUACGGAUCAGAAAUAAACGGCAGGUGGAACGGAAUGAUAGACGAAGUCAGGGCUGGGAAUGCCACGUUAGGCAUGGGAGCCAUAUCUAUUACAUCAGAACGUGAAGAAGUCGUAGAUUUCAGCCUUGGUGUACUCAGUACAGGAGUCAAUAUGUUAAUAUCAAAACCAAAGGAACAUUCUUCAAUAUUUCAGUUCAUGCGUCCAUUCACACUUGAGUUAUGGAUGGGUAUUUUAGGAGCAACUGUCACCGUCUGUAUUGUCUAUCUAAUGUUAGACACAGGUAAUCCAGAGAGGAAGUUUACUCUAAAGGAGGUGCUCUGGUUUUCUAUCGGCACUGUAUUAAUGAGGGGAACAGAUUUUUCACCUCGGCCGAGUUCACAGAGGAUACUUACUGCUGGGUUUACAUUCUUUGUAUUAAUAACUGUCUCGACGUAUACUGCAAAUAUGGCAGCAUUUUUGACAAAAGUUAACUUAGAUCAACCUGUAGAGACAUUAAUAGAAUUAGCAGAACGAACAAAUAUACAAGUAGGGACAAUAAAUAAUUCAGCCACAAUGCGUUUUCUGCAAAGCUCCGAAGACACUACCUAUAAAACAAUUUGGAAACGAGUUAUAGAGAGUAGUGGUCUUGUUACUAAUUCCAGUCAAGGUCGACAGCGAUCUGGAGAAGGAAAUUUUGCAUUCAUUUAUGAUUACCUUAUUAAUUCAUAUUUCGAAAAGAAUUACUGUAAAACUAAAAUGUCUGGUCAGCCAAUCAGACUACAGGAACAUGGCAUUGUUAUGAAAGCUGGUAAUCCUGCUAAAACUUCAAUUAACAUUGCUAUACUACAAUUGAAAGAAAAGGGCUUUAUUACAAGACUCAGAAAAAGGUGGUGGGAUGAUAAAAGACAAUGUGCUGACGACGCACUGAGUAAAAGUGUUUUACAAGUAGAGUUUGGAGUGAAGCAUAUGUCUGGAGUGUUAAUUGUACUGUUAUUUGGUCUCGCGUUUUCUGUAGCAUUCUUUUUAUUUAAAAAGUUUUACGUUUUGUCAAAGCAACAAAAGUCUUCAAAGAAAGAAUCAAACGGGAAAGAAACCGAAGACAAGAACGAGGAGACCAAAAGUAUGCUAGGCGAUGAGGAGACAAAAAUGUUUGGUAAAGACCAGACAAACAUAUUUGGUAAUGAAGGUACAAAAACUGUAUUCGAAAAUGAGGAGACAAAACCUGUGUUUGGUAGCGAGAUUCCUGUAGAUAUGGAAAAAUACAAUAUCGUGUAUGACAAAGUUUGAUAUUUUUAAUUCAUGAAAUAUCGUAAAGAAGAAUACUAUUUCUAGGUUGAUAUAUAUGGUAUAAAACUUAAGACGCUGACAAUUAAAAUCAGUCAAAUUCAACUGAGGUACAGAAAGACUACUUAUUUCGACACAGAGGCCUUGUGUUCAUCAUAGGCCUUAUAUGCACUAGUAAUGCUUCCUAAAUCAUUUUCCUGUUAAUGUUUCUAUAGCUCUCAUAUGUAUAUCGAUGUUGUUAUAUAUACAUUAAAUCGAUAUAUAAACUUUACAAUUCUGAUUGCACACCAAGGCAUUUUAAAUUAAGAAUGACGAUAUUCGAAAAAAGAAGAUGAAUGUAAUUUCUUUACUGUUUGGUUUCACUUAAAUAUAAUUAUGUUGGUAAUAGAUUUACCCAAUAUAAAAUGGAGAUGUUAUGGUUGUCUGCUUGCCAAUUAAACAACUG